CAUUUCCUUCGGGAGCGUGUGUUCGAAUCACACAGGCGUCGUUACUUUUGCCCGUGGGGCCCGUGGGGCAGCGCUAGACUUGUGGUUUAAUGUUCUUUUGUUGUAGAAAGACUGCUGAUAAGGUAGGAGUUGAAAUUGGUGAAGUGAUGUUGAUUUUUGGCAGAGAGGAAAUGCCUUGGCGGUUGGAAAGCUUGGGUCGGGAGUUUUAAGAGCCGAAGCCGUAAAGACACCUCGAUGUUUUGUACCUCGAAUGCUAUUCUUACCUGUCAUCCUUCGACAACAAUUGUCCACUGUCGAAAAACGUGUAAUUGGACGGGCCCUAUCAUAGGCUUUAGCGUUCCCACCCAAACUGCUUGCAUACCCUGUCAAACACGACCAAUGACGACGCCUCUCCAUAAUCCUACAAUCAUGCCGCCGCUCAUCCAAUGGACCACAGGUUUCUUCUCACAGCUAGUACAUAAACCAGUUCUGCUUCGUGCCAGGGCACCCCUCCAAAAAGCGUUUUUGUCUUCCUUCAGCAAAGAUCCCGAUAAACGGAAAGCUCAGCUUCUCAAACAAAAAGAAUACAAGAAACGGAAGUUUAUAGAAAGUGAAGCAUUCCGUGAAUCCGUGCGGAUGAGCAGAGUACGCUAUACAGCCAAACAGACCGCAGAUCCGGAUUGGGUUCUGGCAAACAAGGAGGCCAAACGCUUGGAUGAACGGAAGCGUUAUUCUCAAGACGACCACUAUCGUCAAUCGAGUCUUUUCCGCACAUGGGUACAUCAAAAUUCUUCCGCGAGUGUGGCUGCGCUCGGACGAGAGCUGUCCGUGUGUUGUUUGCUAGAUCAUCAAGAGGAAGGCUUGGGCGCGCAACGAUCUCAUCUGGAAGGACUAUAUUCCGGUCCGGUACGAGGACAAGGUCAAACACAUUUGUGUUGGAUGCCGAUAUCCCACCCGUGGCGGACUGAAACUUUGGUGUACGUGCAAGAAUUUUCACAUGACAUUACACACUUGAAGAUCAAGCUGCGACGUCGCAUAGCAGAAAUUUCUUCCGCCAUUUUUCAAUCCCUUACGAGAGUGUUGAGAGUGUGUAGGGAACGAUAGAAAUGAUGGGAUGAUUGGUUUUUAUAGUGUCUGGAGGAAGUCCUGACUGAAAGGCCA